AUGGACUCACGCCUCACGAAGAAUGUGAAAUGCCGAGGAGUGGACAUGAACGCGACGGUGGAACCGUACAAGCAGUUGAACCGCGAUCAAAGAAGUUGCAGUCCAAUGUGGAAGCAAGAUGGAAGCGACUAUUACGAGGACGAAUGUAGGUACUUGACACCAGAUGCUGAUAGGAAGUCGAACAUAGAUGUUCAUGAGGACAAAUUUCCAAGCAAAGCCCCAGCAGCCAUGACGAGUAAAGAAUAUACUAUAGCCCCAGACGCGCUUGGUGAGUUGAUUUUGUUGCCAAAAGAUGAUGAGACCGUUGCCGCAGAACUUGUUGCCGCUGAAGCCGACCUCGAAGGCGUGGUGCUCACAGCUGCCGAGGAGCUCUCCAAGACCGAUGUCUUGUUCGCCGCGACCGGGACAGGUGUCGAAGUGAUAGUAGGAUGUGCGGCGCUGGUGGUUCCAGAGGUCCACGUUUCCGUCAGCAUUCCAUUGUAG